AUGGAAUCCCCAGUUAGAAGCGGAGAUGAACAGAAUAGGCAGCUGAGAUCUAAAACGGCUUUGGCCAUAGAUUAUGAAAAGCAAGGACUAUGGGGAGAAUCUGAAAAGUUAUUCAAGGAGGUCGUGUUUGCUCGGCAAAGCGCUCUUGGGGAUGAGCAUCCAGACACGCUGACUAGCAUGGCCAAUCUAGCGUCGACGUACAGGAAUCAAGGCCGGUGGACGGAGGCCGAGGAGCUAGAGGUGCGAGUAAUAGAGACGAGGAAGAGGGUGCUUGGCGAGGAGCAUUCUUCCUCGCUGAUCAGUAUUGCCAAUCUGGCGUCGACGUACAGGAAUCAAGGCCGAUUGAAGGAGGCCGAGGAGCUUGAGGUGCAAUUGAUGGAGACUCGCAAGAAGAAGCUCGGAGCAGACCAUCCAGACACGCUGACGAGCAUGGCCAACCUGGCGUCGACGUACGGGAAUCAAGGCCGAUUGGAGGAGGCCGAGGAGCUCGAAGUGCAAGUGAUGGAGACUCGCGAGAAGAAGCUCGGAGUAGACCAUCCAGACACGCUGACGAGCAUGGACAACCUAGCGUCGACGUACUGGAAUCAAGGACGGUGGGAUGCUGCCGAAGAGCUGUCUAUGCAAGUGAUGGAGACUCGCAAGAAGAAGCUCGGAGCAGACCAUCCUUCUACGCUGAUAAGUAUGGCCAACCUGGCGUCGACGUACGGGAAUCAAGGCCGAUUGAAGGAGGCCGAGGAGCUUGAGGUGCAAGUGCUUGGGAAGGAGCAUCCUUCCACGCUGACGAGCAUGAACAACUUGGUGCUUGUACUAGACAGCCAGGGCAAGUACGAGGAGGCAAAAUCGAUGCACAGGCAGACACUGGCGGCAAGUGAGAAGGUGCUUGGGAAGGAGCAUCCUUCCAUGCUAACGACCAUGAGCAACUUGGCGCUCGUACUGAACAGCCAGGGCAAGUAUGAAGAGACGGAAUUAAUGGAUAGAUAG